AUGAAGGGGCAGGUUGAAGUCUCCAGCAUGUCUGGUGUUGUAGGAGUGAAGAUGGCCAUUUAUUUUGAGGCUUCUAGAGCAUGCCAAGUCCACAGCUUCAAAGAUAUACCCGGACAAAAAGAUGCCAUAGUAUUUCCCCCAAAGGUGAAGGGGAAACACUUCAGCAACCCAGAUCAAUUGUUGGAUGGGCAGUUCAAUCCACUUACACCUUGUUUUCAGUACAGUUUAAUUUACAAUGGAAAGAGCCGAGACAACUACUUUGAGCAGUGCUACUCUGCUUGCGAGAUGCUGGGAGAAGGCUCGUAUGCCAAAGUAAUCAGAGUUACAGAUCGCACAAGUGGAUUAGCAUAUGCACUGAAAAUAACCAAAGAACCCUUUCGCAAUAAGUUUGACAGGACUGUCAAACUUAUUGAAAUCAACCACCACUGGAAAAUCCAGCACCAUCCAAAUAUAGUGACUCUGUUCAAAGCCUGGGAGGAGGAUAGGUUCUUGUUCUCCUUACAAGAACUCUGCAAACCUCUAAACCUAGACUCCUCCCUUGCUGAAGCGACUUGCUGGCUCGUAUUAGUGGAUAUUUUGCAGGCACUCAAGUACAUUAACGCACACCAGUUAGGACACUUUGAUGUAAAGCCUGCCAAUAUUGUUCUGGGAUGUGACGGGCUAUACAAACUGACGGAUUUUGGAAAUAUGAUUAAAUUAGAAAAUGAAGAUGAAAUCCACAAAGAAGGAGAUGCCAAGUACGUUGCUCCAGAGCUAGUGCAAGGUGGGAUUGGAAAUUUCACUAGCAAGGCUGACAUCUUUAGUCUGGGCAUCUCUAUUCUAGAGAUGGCCAGUAAUACAGCUCUCCCUAAGUAUGGACCAGUGUGGGAAGGACUUCGUGGAGAAUUAAUCCCGUACGCAGAAACUGCAGAGCUUUCUGUUGUUUUCAUCAACAUCAUGAUUAAGAUGAUAACCAAAGACCAUCGCCAAAGACCAUCUGCGGCAGUUUUGUUGGAUCUCCCUGAAAUAAAACAAAUGGCUGAAAAGAGAGCAGAGACAUUGUCCGGUCCGGUCUUGUCUGACGCUGAAUCAAACGCAAGCGUAAUCUGCUGGCCUGGGACUCAAACAGUUGAUCUCAUUCACAGAGUGCAGACCGAGUCAAAUAAAGUCGAUGUGGUAGAAAUCAAUUCCAGCUCUGACAGUCCUGAUUCAACUGUCACCAUUGCUGAUCGAUGGGCAUGCAGACGACCACUUAGAGUCAAGCGGAAACGGGGCCGCACAAGUUAUGGCUACCAAGAUUUGUCAGAAUCCACUCCAGACCAAGAGAGGAUUUCUAGCACAAACGUGUCUAUGUCUACCAGCGAAGGUGAUGGUAACAAUUCCACACCGAACAUUGAUGCACCAUCUUCAUCAAACUUGACCCUUUCACCAACCUCCCACUCUGAGCUGGACCAACCUGGACUAUCAUCUAGACAACUGGUUCGAUCCUGCGACACCUACUGCCCCUCCAAAUCACUAUUGGCUUUUGGAAUAAGCCCUGUGCGCUUAAGUGAGGAAGCAAAGAGAUCGUAUCUGAAGACCAAGAGCCAAAAGAGGAUGAAACCACGGAACCUCCUCCUAAGUUUUGAGAGUAGUUCGGACGAGUAAAUACUUCUCCACAUAAAUGCUUCUGUGGACUCCAGCUGACUUUACCGGUCCCAUUCUGUGAAAAUCUACAUAGAGCUCAGAAACCAGCUACUUUUCCUAUAUUAUUUUAUAGUGUUUUUCUUGUGUUACCUUAUAUUAUAGUCCUUUAGUCAUAAGUUUUCUUAUGGAUUAUUGUUAAGUAUUUCUAUAAUUUUACUUGAUAGUAUUUUUAUUUGUUUUCUUAUACGAUUUACAAUAUUUUUUUCUAUUAUCUUAGUUUAUAGUCAUUUUCAUUUGUUUUACUAUGUAAAUGUAUAGUAUUAUUUUCCACACUAGUAAGAUAUUUUUUACUAACUUACUGUCAAUAUAUUUAUUAUUGAGUGGAUCAAAGCAUAAUCUCUGUGGGAUUGGCUCCAAUGAAAACUUUGUCAUAUCAUCACACAAUAUCUACUGAAAAUAUUUAAGCCAAACAUACCAAUGUUAUUUUGAUGAAUAGUGGGAAGGUUUGUGAAGAAACAAAUAUCAAUUGUAUAAUGUCCAUUCAAUUUAAUCACACUAAAAAUUUUCAAUUAUUCAUCAAUUGAAUCAUGACAUAUAGUUUGCCACGAUGGUUACAAAAUCAAAUACUAUUGUUAAAAACAAAUAAUUAAAAUCAAAUUACCUGGUUUUAACUUAUUAGCAUGUUGGCAAAUCAAUGUUUAUCUAAAUAGGCUAUUAGAAAUACAUGGUUUCCAUAGACUUUAUACAGUGCAAGUAAACUUGUCAUCGUCGAUAAACUCAUAAUUUCAAUCAAUAAAAUAGUUUUAUUUGAUCUAUAGAAUUUGAUUAAAUAUCAUAAACAAAUCAUUAAAUGUGAUCACCUUAUCGCAACUGGCUCUCACUGCUCAGAAAGCAAUCCUAAUAUAUACGGGUCCAUGUAUUGUCAUUUUCCUAAAUAUAGUUUUAAUGUUAAGUGUUGCUAGGGAGUCUCUCUAUUCCUAAUUAUUGUACAGAGAUGACUGUUAAAGCCUGGUUUACACGUGUACAGUUACUCGUAGAGCUAAUUUCUUGUCCAUUCUACCGAUGUCAAGCAAGCUCUACUGAUGAUUGUUUAUGAUUGUGUCUUCAUUUCCAAAAUGAGUGUGAAAAACCAGUCACAAGACAGUGUCACUCUACUAGAAAC